GAACUAUCCGCGGAAGGGAACAGGAAGGAAGAUGGCGUUGCGGUGGGUUGCUGGGGUUUUGCUGCUGAGCCUGGGGCUGGUGGCCGCGCACACCGGGCAGGUGCCCUUGCUCGCUUGGUCGAGUCACAGCUCCUUAUGGUCCCCUUUGGCAGCUCCACAUGAGGGUCAUGUGGUGACAGAAGCUCAGCUUGCAUCUUUACUGGACUCAGCAGUAGACAAUGGCCCUCACAAUGUAUUGCUGUUCCUUCAGGAGAAACUUAGCAUUGAGGAUUUCACAGCGUAUGGUGGAGUAUUUGGAAAUAAGCCAGAUAGCGCCUUCCCCAAUCUGGAGAAUGCCUUAGGAACAGCUCCCUCUUCUUUAGUGCUUCCUUCUGUCGACUGGUUUGCAGCUGGUGCUGUGCCUGCCUUUUUGAAGGCCAAACUGGGCAUUUCACCUCUUCAUGUGGACCAGAACACUCUGCAGGAGCUGCGACUCAAUGCCAGCCUUCCUGCCUUACUGAUGGUGCGGUUGCCUUAUACCACUGGCUCUAGUCUUAUGGCCCCGAAGGAAGUUUUGACCAGCAAUGAUGAGAUCCUGGGGCAGGUUUUGAGCGCUCUUCAGUCAGAAGAUAUUCCCUACACAGCUAUCCUGACUGCUCUACGGCCUUCCAGGGUUCUCCGGGAUAUUUCUGAUGUGGCUCCAGAGAAGCUAGGGAGACAGCUGCUUCAGAAGGAGACAGUAUUUGCACCCGUUCAUUACUCCAAAGAUGGGAUCACAAGGAUACUCUUUUGGGCCAGCAAUUUAUCAGUGACCAUCAACAAGACACUAUUUGACCUAACCAAUUUAACCUUUGGGCCUAGUGCUGUGGUUGAUGUGCAGGACUCUACAUGGAAUUCCAGUUUUUCUGAAUUAGUACUGAAAUAUGAAAAAAUAGAUCGGAAACCAUUAAGUAUCAGAUUUCAAAUGACAAAUGCCAGUUACCCUGUUUCUAAGCGGAACUGGUUUGUCCUCCACACGGUGGAACUGGUCAGACCUGGAGAACCACCUGCUGUCUUCAAUGCUACCUAUAUCACAGCCCCUACCAACUAUUCCUUCAGCUGUGGUUGUGUCAGCAGUGAACCAUCUUUGGGGGGCAUCUUGGUCCCCAGAAAUGCCACCAACUGGAAACUGACAAUCAUGAGAUUUCAGAUUCAAAGCUACCAACUGAUAAAUGAAACAUUUUCUGAUGCUAGUGACUGUGCUGGUUUCUUUUCUCCUGGACUUUGGAUGGGUUUGCUCACUUCGUUCCUUCUCGUUGCUAUCUUCACCUACGGUCUCCACAUGAUCAUGAGCCUCAAGACUAUGGACCGAUUUGAUGACCCCAAGGGGCCUACCAUCUCUGUGCCCCAGACAGAAUAGUGGCCGGUUCACGUGAAUCUCAUUUUAUCAAAAAAAAAGUGACCAGCUUGUGUAUACCAUUAUUCUGCCUAUUCCAUCAGUCAUCAUCCCAAUCCCUAACAUGAUGUAUUAAAUUCUACUUGGUCCUGAGCC